AGCUGAUCAUGGCGCUACCCCAGCGGCGUUAUCUGGCGGCCACUUUCACCCUGUGUCUUCUCUUGCUGUCAGCUGUCACGUGUGAGAGUCAGGAGGAGAAGGAGCAGUCCCAGGGCCGGUCUGGUCGAUCUGCUGCCCCGGAUGGAGAAUGUCACUUCUAUGCAGGGGGGCAGGUUUACCCCGGAGAGGCGACCCGUGUGCCAGUGUCCGACCACUCUCUGCACCUCAGCAAAGCCAAAAUUUCCAAGGCUGCUCCAUACUGGGAAGGAACAGCAGUGAUCAACGGAGAGUUCAAAGAGUUGAAACUUACAGAUUAUAAAGGGAAAUACCUGGUGUUCUUUUUUUAUCCUCUUGAUUUUACAUUUGUGUGCCCAACUGAAAUCAUCGCAUUUGGAGACAGAAUAGAAGAAUUUAGAUCCAUAAACACUGAAGUUGUAGCCUGCUCCGUGGAUUCUCAGUUCACACACUUGGCAUGGAUAAAUACUCCACGCAAACAAGGAGGGCUUGGGCCCAUGAAAAUUCCUCUGCUCUCUGAUUUGACGCAUCAGAUUUCAAAGGAUUAUGGAGUCUAUUUAGAAGACCAGGGGCAUACAUUAAGAGGACUUUUCAUUAUUGAUGACAAAGGAGUCCUUCGACAGAUUACAAUGAACGAUCUUCCUGUUGGGAGAUCUGUAGACGAGACACUACGUCUAGUUCAGGCAUUCCAGUAUACAGACAAACAUGGAGAAGUUUGCCCUGCUGGUUGGAAACCUGGGAGUGAAACUAUAAUUCCCGACCCAGCUGGAAAGCUGAAAUAUUUUGAUAAACAACACUAACAUUUCUUGUUUUUUUUUUUUUUUAAUGUAUCAAUCAGCAUUUGUUUACACUGCUUGCAAAUAAAAUUCUAUGAAUUUUGUUAAUA